AUGAUGUCAUCACACCAGACUGUUCCAGUCACAGGUUGCCUUAGCGAUGUCAUCACCAAUCUUUUCGGAGACAAACCCAGGGCCAAUCUUGGGGGCCAUGGCUCUGACUUUGCCACCAGUGCACCUCAGGUACACGACUUUGAUCUCGUUGAGGUUGAACUUAGGCGGCAAGGUGGAGGCGGCUGGUGUCGGAUGAAUGUGAAUUCAGGUCCAGAUUACAUAAAGGAGCAUUUACCAAAAAUUCAUCCGCACACGUCCUAUAUAGGAGAAAAUCGUCCGGUGUUAGAAAAAACCGGCAAUCUCCAAUAUCUCUGGAGGCCUGCUCCCCACAGAAGCAUGCCAGCCCGAUAUAAACAUGAGUAUGUUGGUGGAAUCGGCUGGGGUGUGCAAAAGUAUAAUUUCAUCAACAAAUCAAGGCUCGAGAGCGGCUUUCAUAUCAAGGAUGGAGAACUAAAUCAAGCUGCUAUUGAUAAACUAUCCCACAGAUAUCAAAACCCAUGGCAACCAAAACCUCAUGUCCUGGACAUGCAAGGAAAAUACAGUCGUGCUUUUAUGGCCUGGCACAUGGGUGAUUAUGAGGAUACCGACCAGAGAAAUUCCAAAUGGGCCAUGCUUGUUAAGGAGAAUAACUCACUGACAGGGAGACCUUCCAAGUCACCACUGCUGCCAAAGCUGCCAAUACAUAAAAAGGACAGUCACGUAGGAGGGGAGAUACCUCCUUAUCCUGUGGGACAGUCCUACACAGUGCAGGGCACUUCCCCUGUCAAUCUGAGCCCCCACCCUCCACGCCACUCGGCUUCACCCCGUAUCAUGCUGACCCGAAAUGUCCCCUACAUUUCCAAAACACUCCUGCUGAAAACCACUCACAUAUGUAAAACUGUUUGGGUGUGA